AUGUUUACUGGUCAGCGAAUUAAAAAUUUUGCAGUCUCAAGGAAUAUUAGUAUGAUUACUUCAACUCCUUACUAUGCUCAAGCUAAUGGGCAAGUUGAGGCAGAAAAUAAAAUUUUGAUAAGUCUGAUAAAAAAGUAUAUCGGAAACAAGCCUCGAACAUGGCAUGAGACUUUAAGCCAAGUACUUUGGGCUUAUCGAAAUUCACCAAGAGGGUCAACAAAUACUUCACCCUAUAAAUUAGUUUAUGGCCAUGAUGCAGUGCUAUCAUUAGAAAUUAAUUUGAAUACUUUGAGGAUAUCAAAACAGAAUGAUUUGCCAGUUGAUAAUUACUGGAAUGCAAUGUUUGAUGAGUUGAAUGAAUUAGAUUUAGAGCGAAUCCUGGCGCUUGAUGACAUGAUUCGACAAAAAGAAAAUAUUGCUCGAAGUUAUAAUCGUCGAAUAAGAGAGAAAUAUUUUAAUACAGGCGAGUUGGUUUUAAAAGUUUUUCUGCCAAUGGAGAAGAAAUCGAAAUUCCUUGGCAAAUGGUCCCAGACUUGGGAAGGCCCUUUUCAAGUGAUAGGGUCAUAUUCUGGAAACACAUAUCAAAUCAAGGAUAUCGAGUCGGGAAAAGAGGAGUUUGGAAUCCAGCCUGUUGAGGGGGGUUGGAGAAUCCUUGAGGAGUUUCUAAAACUCUGGAUCGAGACGAGUCUGAAUUUGUCGUCUCAGCAAUUCGAGAGACAGAAUCAGAAUCUGGAGCCAUCUGGUUCUCAGCAGAAAGCGCAGUCUGAUUAG